CGGGACGAUGACUGCGCUGGCGGUGAAGGUGGAGUCUGCUCCCAAUCUGAACCCCGGUCAGCUGACCCUGAGCGACCCCGCCUGUGGUCCCACCUACAGCGACGAUCGCUUCGCCUACUUCCACUUCACUGUCAACUCCUGUGGCACCACCAGGAAGUUUAUCAACAAUGUGAUGCUGUAUGAGAACAAAAUCUCCUUGCCAGAUGAACUUGAGGUGAAGCUGAAUGCCACGACGUCUUCAGAGGACGAAUAUCAGUUAAAGGUUUCCUGCUACUAUGUGGUCAACAUCACUUGCACAUUGGCCUUCAUCACCAGGUUGCGUGACAACGAGCCUUUUGCCCAGACUGGGACGGGUCGACUAAUG